AUGGAAAAUUUGCCGGUCCUCAAGCUCUUCAUCGUUCUGGCCGCAGCGGUUGAAGCUAAACCUGGAAACGUUUCCGAGAAAUAUGAAGUGAGGAUACUGGCACCUCUAAUGGAUCCAAUGAAGAUCUUCGAAGAGGAGUCUCAGGCUAUUACCUUUCCGGAUGAACUUGAACCUGAUUACGAGAAAAUCGCUUCGGUGGAUUAUGACCCGAGCUGCGCUAGAGGAAAGACGUUUUGCGAAGACAUAGAAACGUAUCCUUACGAUCAUUUAUCUCGAGUUCUUAACAAUGCUUCGGAUCUUAAGGAUUUCUUCGCGAUGGACGAAGGAGGUGGAAUGCAGCUUGUGAAUCGUAUUGGGGAAAAAGAGGAUAAGUUCUUGUGCGAUUCUAUAGAAAGGACGAUUUAUCCCAAGGUGGCCAAGACGAAGAACAACAAGUGGAAGUACGUUAUCAAUCAAGGGAAAAAGGAUGGUUACGUGCAAGGUGUUAGGAUCGAGAUGUGCAAGAACGCUCAUCGGCCUUGCAAUUUGAUAGGAAAUUUACCCUUCGGUUACGCAGCAAUUUGCAAGCAGAAAUACGUCUUGAGGAGGAUGCUUUCCAUCACCGACGGUGGUCGUCCCAUUCCGGAUACUUUCGAGAUGCCCUCAGCCUGUUGCUGUUCCUACAGAAGAAUUGGAUAAACCCUGUGAUCAAACUAAAAAAAUAAUAAUUUAUCUACACUUUU